AUGCGGCUCGUAAGCAGCCAGAGACGCGCCCUGUGCGUCGCCUUCCUUCACCUCGCCCCGCUCGUGGUCGCCGUCGCACCUCGGCCCGCUUCGACCUCUCUCCGAUCUGGAGUCGAGUUCAUCGAGCAGCACCUCUUGGGCGAAGAUGACGAAGCUGCCGAGCGUGGCGUCGGCAUCGGCGCGGUGGUCGCCAUGGAGAAUGAUUUCCUCCGCGCCCUCCAGGGUCACCACCACGAUCCCCCUGCUGCUGCUACUACUGGUUCACAUGGCGGAUACCAGGAGGGUCCUUCUGCUUUUCAUGCGCACGGCUCUGGUGGCCAUCUCGCGGCAGAUACCUCCCAGCGCAGCCAACAGCACGCCGGACGGGUCGAUCCUUCCGUCCCGCACACUGGUGACCACCAUCCUUAUGGCGGCCAGGGAGCAGGUCAUGGGAUCGUCACGGCUGAAGACGGCUCUCGGGGCUACCAUGGCUGGCUAGCGGAUCCCCACGUCGACUACGCUGCGCACAGCGGACAGCACGACAUGAGCAGCGCUCACUAUCCAGGCGCGAGCUACGGCCAACACGACGCCGCCGCCGAGGUGCCGCUCUCCAUCUCCGACUACGACAUUCCCGGCAGCCUCGAGCAGGGGCCGGGCGGAUACAUCGUCCACGCCGGUCAGGCUUCUAGCCCUCAGACCGCGUUUCGAGGACACGUCGCUGGCAUGUCACCCACCCCGGACACCGGAGCAUCGCGAGCAGUCGCCGAGGACGCGGAGAGCUCUGGAUCGCAUCAGAUCCCCGUCAGACCGGAGCGGCAACCCUCCGUCUUCGACCCUCGGGACCUUACGCGCGUCAUCCGGGAGCCCCUCUUCUCAGCAUCGAGCGUCGCCACGAUGCUGGGUAGAGCUCCCUCGGCGCUACGCAGCGACAAGAACCGGAUCCGUUUCGCCCCGCGCGCGAUGCAACAGACGUUCCUGUGGCACUACCGCGCCGAGAUCCUCACCCGUCUCGCGGCCUCGGACCAGGCUUGGAUCAGCCUCAUCUACCUCGUCCCGCGAGGCGAGACGGCCGCCCCGCAGGACCUGCUCGACAUCAUGCGCCGCGUCCGCCGCCUCUACGUCGACAACGACGGCACGCCCAGAUUGACGCCCGUCACCUACGCCUACGGCCCGCUCGAGGAACCCCUGCACCUCGAGGACUUUGUCGUCAACGUCGUCGUCGUCAAUGACGAUCAAGCCAGCCGAGGCGACAAGGGCUUCUUGCACGCUUCCGUCAUCGCGCAGAGGGACGACUUCCCCACCCGGACCGCCCGCAAGACCGAGUUUCAGCGCUUCUACCUCGGCGAGAUGCGGCUGCCCAAGCCGCUGGCCGACCGCUUCAAGCGAUAA